AAGUUGUCCUCAGAAUCCACAGGUUGAUCCAGGAUUGAUUUAGCUUGCUUUAUCGACAGCGCCCAUUCCUAUUUGUAGAUUCUUUUUACCGCUUGAACGUUUUGCGUUGUCUCUCCUCCUCACAGCAUGCUCAAAUUUCGUCAUGUACUUCAGUAAGCGUGCCGAUACAAACGCGACAAUUCAACUGCCACCGAAGCCAGUUGUUGUGAGUCCAAGUGGGUCGUUUGAUGGCAAUGACGGAAAAUGGUCAACGUUCUUAAUCAACAUCGGCUCAGACAACGACGGCAACGGGCAGAACUUCAAGGUCCUUAUUUCGACAUCUUCUCCACUGACUCUGGUGCCUCAGCAAACGGACUGGUGCAACAAUGACUGCGCAAAAGACCGAGGAAUCCUUCUCUAUAACAACCAGCAACCGCUAGGCGCGGAAGACUCGCAGUACUGGCAAAAGGCUGGCACAUAUGUCAUCCCCGACACUGAUUCGUGGUCGAACGACUCCCUCGCCGGAAAUUGGGGACUGGACAACGUAGGACUUGGUCUUAGUUCGAAAGAGAGUUUGAUCCUUGCUGAACGAUAUGUUGUCAAGUACAUAUUCGAGGAUUUCUUCUUGGGCUCCUUUGGACUGACAGUGGGAGAGGUCGGCCCAAAUGGUGGGAGCAAGCCAACCUUCCUGAGCGAAUUCGCCAAUUCUAAUCAAAUCGCAAGUAGCUCAUAUGGUUACACGGCAGGUGCCCACUACAGAAACAACGGAAAAGGUGUUCUAGGCAACCUGGUUCUUGGAGGCUACGACAAAUCACGAUUAACACGACAAGGCACGUCUAUCAGUAUGGCUAAUGAGAAAGACAAUGCACUCAUCGUUGACGUUAUAUCCAUCAUGUAUGAGCCCGAUCGAGAUGUUGAGGUAAACACUUUAUCUUUCACCCAGGAAGCAUUCAAAGCAACCAUCGACUCAACUCUCCCAUAUUUGAUGCUUCCAGUCAAUAUCUGCGACAAAUUCAAAGAGGAGUUCGGGCUGGAGUAUAACAAUGACACCAACCUGUACACAGUCAAUUCAACCGCACACAACUCAAACAUUCAAAAAAACGCUACAGUGUCUUUCAAGAUCGCAGACGCUCCGAUGGACAGCGCCGAAUUUGCCACCAUAACUCUCCCAUACGCAGCCUUCGAUCUCCAGGCUAGCUUUCCCAUAUACGAAGACGCGCGCAAUUACUUUCCUAUCAAGAGGUCAGAGAACAACGUCAACAUCCUAGGCCGCACAUUCCUCCAAGAGGCUUACAUCAUUGUCGAUUACGAACGCGCCAACUUCACUGUUGCACCAGCUCGUUUCUCUCAGCCCAUGCCGGACGAAGAGCUCGAAACUAUCUUCAACAAGACAUUUGUUCUACCUACAGUAUUGCCAACUCCCCAUAAUUCGAACGAUGGAAUGUCUCCAGGCGCAAUUGCUGGCAUUGUAGUAGGCGUUGUUCUGGUUUUCUUGCUCGCAGGGCUCGGCGCUUUCUUCUUUUGGAAGAAGAAAAGAAACACAAGGCAGGAGAGACUACAGCAAAAUGUUGCUACCUCUGAAAUUGAUACAACGGCUGCAGGCAAUCAGUUCAGGCGCCGAAAUGUUUCAGAGCUUACGGGUUCGGAUGUUCCUCAUUCGCCGAAACCCUCAAUGGGAGGCUACUACGGUAGCGAUCACAAGUUAAUUCCGCCUAUCAGUGAGCUGUCUCCGGAAAGUCCUCCUUCGGAGCUCUAUAGUCCACUGCCGGGAAAUGAAGGAGGUAGAGAUGGCUACGACUACUUCGCUGCUGGCAGUAGGGUACGCCGGCGCGGCGCGCAGAGAGAUAGAGAGUCGUCAGGUCAAAACACUCCAAGAACUCCAAUAGCGGAACUACCUGGAGAUGGAAUCAAGCUUCCCGUCUCCAUACGUCAACUCGAUAAUGUGGGUCCAGUUCAAGACCUAAAGCACAGUCGAGGACCUAGCAAUGUUUCGCUCUCAAGCAACAUCGAUGGCAUACUGGCAGAGAGUAGGCAGGAAACCAAAUCAGGCAAAAGUUCUGAAGAGCUGAAGCAAGCCGCUGAACCUGGCGAGGCUACAGUUGAGGGUAGCGAGUCUCAACCUCAUCAUGAAUUGGACCGCCGGCCCUCGCAUAACAGAGGAUUGAGCGACGUCACGGUUCAGAGCGACAGCACAGCUGUCUCUCAGCCAACGCCCGAGGAACUUGAGCGCUGGGAAACGAUGAGCGCAGAUGAUCGACCCAUGUCCCCUGUUGAGGAGGUGAGGAAAAGUUGAGCCGGAGCACAGUCUGAUGGAUUUACGAAUGAGGAACGUGUCUUUUUAUGGCUUUCUCAUCCUCGUGGCUGAUAUCAGCGAUGGGAUUUGGUGCACACACAUGCUUCUCUCUAGAAGCUUUUGGGACAAGGCGUGAUGCUCGAUCGAAUGAUACCCACCUAAUACGCUCGCUACAAUAAGCUAUCACGCUACCACGUUUUCUGACAUUGAGCCGGUGCUUGUGAGUUGCGCAAUCGGACCGUUACACGGCUGAGCAUUGCUUCCUCACAUUCUCCCGCAUCAUAAGCAGGUGCACUGGGCACAUGUUUAGCUCCCGAGAGACUAAUUUUCAGCCCCCCGUGUCAGGUCCUCUUACUUGCAUUACGCGUUUAGCAUGACUCGCUGCUCGUGCCCUUGGUAGCGUUGAUCAAUCAGCCAAGGUACCCAUUCUCUAGCGCU